AUGCCUCGAGUACUCUCCUCCCUCGUGUUUCUUCUUACUUCAGUCUACGCCGCUCAGCACAAUGAUGUUGGUUUUGCCAACGACGCGUCUGAUCGAGUGACUGCAAACUGCCAACAAGCGUGCUCUGAGCUCUCUUCCGCAUUCGGCUCGGCUUUCCAUUGGCCUUCGAACGAUAAUUUCUCGAUUUGGGACGCAAAACAACAAGAGGUUCACCCGGCGUGUCGAAUUGAGCCAUCCUCGGCUACUGAGGUUUAUAAAAUACUGGAGAUCCUCGUGAAUAACUGGUGUCACUUCGCUGUGAAAGGGGGUGGUCACUCUCGAAACCCCGGGGAUUCAAACUCCGUUGGUGGAGUUACUGUGGAUCUUGACCGUCUGACGAAUGUUGAGGUUCUUCCGCAUGCCAACAAGGCUCGAGUUGGCGGUGGAGCUACCACCAUACAGGUAUACAGGGCUUUGGAAUCCCGAAACAUGUCUUUUGUUGGUGGACGAGUCGGCAGUGUUGGUGUAGGUGGAUUCACGCUUGGUGGUGGUACCUCUCCGUUUUCAAACAAGUACGGAUGGUCUUUGGACAAUAUCUAUGAAUAUGAGGUCGUUCUCGCAAACAGCACAAUAACCACUGCCUCCGAAACGCACAACCCUGACCUAUACUUUGCACUCCGUGGAGGUGGAAACAACUUUGGCAUUGUCACGGCCUUUACUGUUCGGACAUUUUCCCAAGGUCCAGUUUACACAAGUAUGACGACCUACUCAGCUAACCAGUCGAGCCAAGUCCUCGACAAGGUCUAUGAUUUGUAUACGGACAAGAGACUCGCUAGUGACAAGGAGAUGGGAUAUGAUUUGUAUUACACAUACAACUCCGGUGGAGAUGAAUUUGUCUUGAGUGGCACUCAGCGAUACGCAAAGCCGAUCUCCAGCCCGCCCGUUUUCCACGCCAUCGAUCAAGUUUCUACUCGGAGCAGAAGAACUAACCUGGGUCUUAUGAGCCAAGCGGCCGGCGGAACUGAGUCUCUAGGGACUACACGACACCUCUUUGCUACACUGACCGUCUCCCCGUCGCGAGAGUUCUUGUCCGAAGGAAUCCGGGUUUUCGAAGAAGAGGUGGAAGCGAUCAAGAGUGUACCUGGCUUGGUGCCCAACUUCAUCUCUUAUCCCAUACAGCGAAACGCCAUUACAGCAAUGAGACAGCGAGGUGGCAAUGCUUUGGGAAUUGAUCGUGAUGAUCCUCUAUUUUUGGUUCUAAUCUCCACCGCGUGGUCAAACAGUACUGAUGAUGCUGCCGUGAAUCGGAUGACUGAAAACAUCAUUGAAAGGCUGAAUGGUACGGCCCAAGACAUGGGCAUUGCAAACAGGUACAAGUACAUGAACUACGCAUCGGCAACACAAGUCGACUCUAUCUUUGCUGGUUAUGGCGACGAGAACGCAGAGAAGCUGAAACAUAUCCAACGAGCGGUUGACCCUCGAGGUAUCUUUGCUUCUACCGGUCUGUGGCGGGGAUUUGUCAAGCUGAUUUAA